UAUUUUUGAACUCAUCCUUUGACAUGGUUGGAUGAUGGCUAGAAUAUUGGUGUGACUUUGACUUUUAAAAUGUUAACUUGAAAAGGCAAAGCUACUAGUGCUGGCAACUUAUGUUCAUUGGACUGAUACAAAACGUGAAUGAAGAAAAGGUCUGAGACAAAUAAAUUAUAAGGCAAGAAAAAUUAGAAAAUAACACAUGAGAAGAAAGCAUAUGAGACCUUCCCUUUUUUAUAUUUUAGGCAUAAGAAAUGAUCUGGUGUUUGAAUAGCUUUGGCAUAUCUCCAAAUGAAGAAAACACCAUCCCCCAAAUUGCAUCAAUCUAGCCAAAGAAAAAAACCGAAUGCUAAUCUUCAACUUGUUGGUGCAAUCAAUGACACAAGGAGGCACAAUCCUAAGACUAAUUCCGCACUGAAAUCUUUGAAGCAUGCUGUCAAGAAAUGUGCAGCUGCUUUUUCAUUGUUUCUCUCUGGCAAAAGAAAGACAGCCUCAAAUGAUGUUGGAAAUGAUGAGAGGAAGAAUACAUCCAAAGUCAAAGGGGUGGUAUCAUCAUCAACAGAUUUAUCAUCAGAAGGUAACACCAAGAAUUCUUCAAAAUGGAAGUUUUCUUAUUCCUACGCAUCAUCUAGCACUGCAAGUGGACAGCUUGGAAUCGGCAACUUCUCCUUUGAAGAGAUUUACAAGUCAACAGCAAAAUUCUCUCCAGAUAAUGAAAUUGGGCAAGGUGGAUUUGGAACCGUCUACAAGGGAAAGCUUAAUGAUGGAACUCUUGUUGCUGUGAAACGUGCCAAGAAGGAUGUGAUACGCAAUCACUUACACGAGUUCAAGAAUGAAAUAUACACCUUGUCGCAAAUUGAGCACCGGAAUCUUGUGAGGUUGUAUGGAUAUUUGGAGCAUGGAGAUGAGAAAAUUAUUGUUGUUGAAUAUGUUGGUAAUGGUAACCUUCGAGAACAUCUAGAUGGUAUUCGAGGAGAAGGACUAGAAAUUGGAGAGCGUUUAGACAUAGCAAUUGAUGUAGCUCACGCAAUAACUUACCUUCAUAUGUACACAGAUAAUCCAAUUAUCCAUAGAGACAUCAAAGCAUCAAACAUCUUAAUCAGUGAGAACCUAAAGGCCAAAGUGGCAGAUUUUGGUUUUGCACGGUUGUCUGAUGAUCCUACUGCAACCCAUAUUUCAACUCAAGUUAAAGGGACAGCAGGAUACAUGGAUCCUGAGUAUCUUAGAACAUAUCAACUCACUGAAAAGAGUGAUGUUUAUUCUUUUGGUGUAUUGCUUGUCGAAAUGAUGACAGGAAGACAUCCAAUAGAAUCAAAGAGACCCCUUGAUGAGAGAGUGACAAUCAGAUGGGCAAUGAAUAUGCUCAAACAAGGGGAUGCUGUAUUUGCCAUGGACCCUAGACUUAGAAGAAAUCCAGCCUCCAUUAAAGCAGUAAAGAAGGUUCUCAAGCUAGCUCUUCAAUGCGUUGCGCCUUUGAAACAAUCAAGGCCACCUAUGAAGAAUUGUGCAGAGGUUCUGUGGGAAAUCCGUAAAAUUUUUAGGGAUGAGGUGAAUUCUGAUCAUCCUCCCCUUCUUUCUCACCAUUCUGAAAAUUUUCCUCAAAGAGAGAAGAAUAAGCAUAUGACAUUUGGUAUUGAAGAAGAUGACAACCAUAAAUUUGUGUCUGUACCUAACAUUCAUUCAUAAAAUUUGUUCAUUGUUUGUUCGGACUGUCAACACCUUGUUAGUUUUGGUGAAUGCCAGAUUGGCCUCAAUAUGAUUGUAGUUUUGGUGCCCUUAUGAUAUAGAUUCUAUUCAUUUGUAUUAGGUCUUUGAUUGAUGCAAUGAGGUUUAAACUGUUUAAUGCAACUUAUAUUAUAUGCAGCAAUCUAACUACAAGGGAGGAAAGGUGGCUGAAACUAAAGAGUUUUUUUUAUCCGUAUGAAUUUAACUUGUUGAGAAUCUUAGAUAUCAUCUUUCUCUCUUUGUGGUCUAGCAUAGAUAGAAAUAGUGAAAUAUCUUCUUACCUCUUUUGACAUGCUUGAAAUUGUAAGUGGUAAUACUCUCCCAAUGUAUGCAUUCUACUUGUGAUAAUUUUGAAUGCCAGCUAAAAGUUUA